AUGGGGGGGUGGAAGGAGGCGAUGCUGGAGGCGAUGCUGUCGGCUGUGAGCAUCAACCCCGACCAGCCUCUCUACCCCCUCCACUUCGCCUGCGCCAACGCUGACCUCGGGCUCGUCAAGAAGCUUCUCGAGUCUCGCAGCCAACAGGUCAACCAGCAGUUCGCCGACCUCCCCAACGGCUCUCGUCCCCUCCACUGGGCCGUGUGCUCCGGUAGCAGCGCCAUCGUCCAGUACCUCCUCGCAAAGCAUGCAGAUGUUAACCAGCCCAACAAGAACGGCUCGACGCCUCUCCACCUCGCAUGCCAGGGAGGCUCCGUCGAGAUAGUCACUAGGUUAGUGCAGGCAGGGGGGAAGACGAGCGUGAGAGACAAGCACAACAAGCUGCCUCUCGACUACUGGAUGAAACAUGGCGAGCCAUCAGCAAGAUCCGCUGAAGCAGCCUGGAAGAGUUUGCAGACGCUCCUGGCAGACGACUCGUCACACCAGCAGUACAAGGCAGAGAAGUUGAAGGAGACGAUCUCGGAUGCCUACGAUCAGCUUCAGGAGGAGGCUGCUCGCUCGGUUGAGCUGCGUGACAGUCCUGACUUCCUCUCCCCUUCUUCCUCUCCUCCUCCUCCGGCACGAGACAAGACGAAGAUUCACUUUCAGGUGGGGCACAGGGUCUUCUCCUCAUCCAGGCACGUCUUGAUGCGGCACAGGAGCUCGAAGCUCACGAGCCUGGUAGAGCAGGCAGAGACUGAAGCAUGCGAGAGCCCGCGCUUGACUCCCACUGCUGGACUGCAUGGCGCGUUCCCGGAGAGGGACGGAGAGCUCUUUGGCAAGAUCCUCACCUUCCUCGAGAGCGGGCGGGCGCCGCACAUGAGGAGUGAGAGGGAAUGCAGGCAGGUGAUGAGGGAAGCGAGCUUCUUCGACCUCCCUGCCCUUGUCAAGCUGUGCGAGAAGAUCCUUGAGCAGUGGCACUUCCGUAAGGUCACCCCCGGCUGCUCCCUCGCCCUCGCCAUCGACGAGGCAAAGGACGGCGAAACUCUCUUGCUCGCUGCUGGUCACUACAAAGAGAAUCUUGUGCUAAGAAAGAGCGUCACGUUGAGAGGAGAAACGCAGCUCAGGGAUCAUGCUGAUUCGAUGCUCGGCUCGAGAAGUCUGCAUGGUGCCUACCACGGCGACCCUCUUCACCACAAGUUUGUUGUGCUGCCGGCCGACGUGCAAGGGGAAGGGAACGAUGGGAAUGGACUACAACGGAGGAUGCGAGGAAGAGCAGAGGAGAUCUGCAGUCGAGCGGAGUUCAUUGGAGCACGGGAGGAUGACGGGAGAGAGUUCUGCUGCCUCGGCCAUGUUGUGAUCAGCGCGAGAGAGCCCGACCGGCCGGUCAUGGUGAUCGAGGAGGGAUCUGUGCUGGUGUCCGACCUCAUCCUGCUGCGUGCCGACGAGGAUUCGUCGAGUCUCUCUCCUCCCUCCUCUACCAUCCUCGUGCAGAGCAAGGGUCUGCUCCUCAUGGAAAAGUGCCUGGUGGAAAGCCAGGGGGACGUCGCUCUUGAAGUCAGGGGGGGCGGAAGAGCCAACGUGAAAGAGUCUCACCUCUCCUCCGGCGUCUCUUGCCUUGGCAGCCUCACGCUUGACGACUGCAGAGUCGCGGGAGGAUGCGGAGUGACGGUGGCAGGAGAAGGAGACGCGUCAGUUAGGAAGACUCGAGUGACAGGAGCGAAGGAGUUUGGCAUUUACGUGAAGGACGAGGGGAGUGGAACUUUCAGUGCAAACGAAGUGUCAGGAUGUGGACGAUCGGGGGUGGCCAUCGCAAGCAGAAGCAAAGAAUGCAGCCUGAGGAUCAACAAGUCGUUUGAGAACAGAGAAGCCGGUGUGCUUGUCUUCAACGGGGCAUCCCCAACCAUCUCAGGGGGGCAGCUCUACAGGAACCAGCACGCGGGUCUCGUCAGCAUUGCUUCCUCCCCGAUCCUCUCGGCCUGUGAGGUCUGGGAGAACUUGGGGUGUGGAGUCUUGUUCGAUCGAGGGAGCAGCGGAAUGAUGAGACAGUGUGAUGUGAGUAGAAACCACAAGAGCGGGAUCCUUGUGAGGAACCUCUCGAGCACGAGCAUCGAGGACUGCAACAUCAGCCAUGGCCUUCACUGCGGAGUCGUCGUCACUGAUCGCUCAUCUCCCUUACUCUCCGACUGUCACAUCCUCGCCAACCGCCGCGUUGGCUUCGCAGUCGGCAAGCGAUCUCGCCCCGUCGCCUCGAGGUGUGUCAUGGAGGAGAACAGCAUCGGCCUCUGCGUGUUUGACCAGUCGGGCGGAAAGUUUGCAGAUUGUCGCGUCACGAGGAACAGAGGAGUGCAGGUUCAGGUCACUCGCUGUCGGCUAGACGGCCCUCUCUUCACCUCCUGCCUUGUCACUGGGGGUCCGUCCUGCGGCUUCUUGAUCAGAGGAGCUGAGAGUAAGCUGGAGGACUGCGAGGUGUCUUCGCAGGCUUCCUUUGGGCUCCUAGCCGAGGGCGACGCGACACGAGUCAAGUGCGACAAGUGCAGGAUAAGCGACAACGGGGGGGGGGGGGUCUGCGCGCUGGACGAGGCGAAGCUCGAGCUGACUAGGAGCAGCGUCGCUGACAACAAGGAGGUGGGGGCCUGCUGCAAGGCUGCUGCCUGCCUCGAGGUCACCAGCUGCUCCUUGGAGCGAAACGUCGGGCCGGGGGUCUGGUUCGCGGGGGGGGGGACGGGGAUGGUGGAGAAGAGCGAAGUGCGGGGGAGCCAUGGCUUCAACGUGGUCUGCGACAGCUCCUCUGCCACCGUCAGAGAGUGUCAGGUGGUGGCCGGGAAGGAGGGAGGAGUGCUUUGCUCCGGAGGAGGAGGAGGCGUCUUCUCGCGCAACAGCAUCUCAGGGAAUCGUCCGGCUGGCUUCAUCGUGAGCAAGGGAUGUAACCCGUCCGUGUUUCACAACUCAAUCGUUCGCAACGAGCCCUACGGCAUCUUCGUGCUCGAGGGAGGACUAGGUCACGUGUAUGCUAACGUGCUCGAGGAGAACGAAAUGGCGCCUGUGCUCCUGCAUGGUACUGCGAGGAGUGUGGUCGCCGACAACAACAUCGCAGGAGGAGCCAACGGGGUUCUCGUUUGCUGGUCCGAUGGCGAAAACAAAAUCCGCAACGUUUCGUCCCUCGAGAUGCAGAGAGUUGGAUUCGGCCAACCAAGUAUGGACAUGCCGACUGUGAGAGAGAGGCUGUUGGACCUCAAGGACGUCUCCAUCAAGGAGAUGCUCGCCUCUCUCCGAGCCCUUCAGUCCGACCAGCAGAGCAGGAGGAGUUCUCAAGCUCAAGCUACUGAGGGCGCGCAAGAGUCGCUUCCUGACAGGCGCAGCCAGCCUCAGGUGUCUGAAGCCCUGGAGGACUGCAUCGAUGACGCUGCUCCUGCUAAUGAGGUUUGGAUGCCACAUGCUGCCGCCGCAAGCGGCGGACCAUCGGACCGGGCCGGGCCCCCUUAUGACACGAGUCCCGACUCGGACGAU